AGUGGCCGGAAUGUUUGGAAGACAAAAAAAAAAAAAGAAAAUGAACUUUGAGAAUUGGGAUGUGGUAGCAGUGGCUGAGAGCUGACAAGAACCCAUACAUUAAGUUCUGGGUUUCAAUUUCCAACCUUCCUUUAUGGGCACUUUUCUUCUGCUCCUCUCUGAACAAACUCUGUGGAUAUGGGUUUUAGGCUGCACCUGAGAUGGGGUCUCUCAACUCACCCUCAAAUUUUCUCUUUCAGAUCAUCAUCUUCUUGGCCUUCUUCAACUUCAUUAAAGGGAAGGGAGAUUUUAUAUGACUCGGUUGGAACUUCUCCGUCUUUUAUGCACUGGGAGAAUGAAGCUUCACAUACUGAUCCUUUCAGAGUGAGGACUUGUUUAUCUGACCGACAGCUCCGGGAAAAUGAAAUCUCAGUAACUGCAGAAAUGGAAAUUGGCGUAGGAUCUCACAGUAGCUUAUACGAUGUGAUCGGAAACAACAGGGAGGUGUUAACCGAGGAGGACAAAUUAAAAUUCCUUAAAUCAAGCAAAGGAAAACAGUUUAGUUUACUUAUGAAAAAUCUUGAUCUUUUGGAAAACAUUUUUGCCGAUUCAUGUGUGGUUGGACUUGAAAGAGAUAUUCUGGCACAACUUGAGAGGCUCGGAGCUCUGGAAUUAUUCAAUACUUUUCUCUCGAGGGGUCAAAAAUCUUUUCCCUUUUCUGAUUUGACAAACAGGCCAACUGAGCUUGUUCACGAAACUCAGGAGAACGACCUCCUGAAUAUUCACAUGAAUAAGAUCGUUGUUACCUCGGGGAAAAAGCAGGAAAGAGAGUUGAGAAGAAGGAAACGGUCCGAUACUAAUAGUGAUGUUUUUACACUACAUCUGCAGCCAAAAACAUCCAAAUUGGAGUCAAAAUACCCAAAUAUUUCUUCUGGAAAAACAUGGCGAAAUUUUAGAAAUACUAGAGAGAAAAUUGCUAGCAGUGAAGCAGAAAUGUCAAAGGGUGUUAAGGUGGUUGCAGAACUCGAAAGUAUCAGGACAAUUCUGGAAGAAGAAACCGGCAGAGUAGCUAGUUUUAGUAGCUGGGCAGAAGCUGCUGGACUGAGCCAAAAGGUAUUGCAGCAGCGUUUGCAUUAUGGCUGGUAUUGCAGAGAUGAACUUCUUAGAAGUACAAAGUCGUUAAUCGUAUAUCUUGCUAGAAACUACAGAGGACUCGGAGUCUCAUUUGAAGAUCUAGUUCAGGUUGGCAGUUUCGGUGUCCUACAAGGUGCAGUGAGAUUUGACCACACCAGGGGGUACCAAUUCUCAACAUAUGUCCAGUAUUGGAUUAAGAAAUCAAUGUCCAUGUUGGUAGCACUCCAUGCUAGAGGGAUUCGCGUUCCUUUCACAAUAAUUAAAGUCAUCAAAAAAAUUCAAAAAGCUAAAAAGGCUCUGAGUAGCCGCCAUGGUAAGUUUCCGAGUGAGAGUGAAAUUGCCAAGUUCACCGGUCUAUCUACCAACAGAAUUGUGUUAGCUAGCAAAUGUCUGAGAGUUGUGGGGUCGAUCGAUCAGAAACUGGGAGAUUUUAUGAGUGCCAAAUUUGUGGAGUGUACACCGGACAAAUCUGUGAUCAGUCCAGAAGAAGCUGUUAUAAGGCAGCACAAGAUUAACAACGUUUAUUCUCUUCUAAAAGGCCUGGAGCCCAAAGAGAGGGAUAUAUUAGUCCUUAGAUUUGGUCUCGUAAACAACCAGCGCAAGUCACUAGAGGAGAUCGGAAGGCUUCACGGUGUAAGCAAAGAAUGGAUCAGAAGAGUCGAGAGCCGAGCCCUCACGAAACUAAGAAACAAAAGCUCUCUUCAAGAUUUAAGGUAUUUUUUACAUUCGUAGUUGACAACCAUCCAUACACCCGUUAAGUAUGAUAUUCACGUAUGUAUAUCGCAAUUUGGAUUUUCCACCAUGUAAGUAUUACAUAGCAUUGAAGUCAUUGUGACAUUUACACCUGAAAAAAAUAUAGAGACCAUUUCUUCUGCUGUCAA